AGCAAAGCAGAAGUGUGUGACUCACGCUGAUUUUACAGUGUAGAAUAUAUUAAUGGAUUAUUAAUGGAAAGUUUAUCCUUCCCUCUGAGUUUACUUUUACUCAAGUAGCAAACUUCAGUGGAUUUUUGUUUACUGGCUGAGAUGUAUUACUUUAGUAUUUCCAGUUCCUGAUGCAUAUUACAGAGGGACAUGUACACUUUAACUGCACUACAUUUAUCAAACUGCUGCCAUUAUUACAUGGUUUACUUUUUAGCCUAAAAGCAUACUGAUUAUUUCAUAAAAUGUAAAGUGAUAAUUUAAAUUAGCCAUUUCAAGCAAAUACAAGCAACUACAGCUAUGCAGCUUAAUGAUCAUUUUCCAGUGUUUAUGUUGAUACAACACAUAACUAAGUUAGGUUCCUGUUUACUUCUUGUUUUUGUCAAAACUUAGAUUAGCUCAUGUUAAAUGAAUUCAUAAUGAAAAAAAUCCUGAAUCGAAACUUUUUAGGAAGCCACAUUUCUGUGGCCACCUGUCGAUCAGGUUUUAGAGGUCAGAUAGCAGCUAUCUAUUCCAAGCAGUCAAAACAUAGCACUUUUAUGAAUUAAACAACAUAUGUGAGAGAUGUGUGUAUUUAAAAAACAAAAUAAUCCUCCAGAGAGUUACCAUAAUUUUAGUUGUAUUCAAGUAGCCUAUGAGGCCUUUAGUCUACAAAACUGUUUGAUUCCAAAAGAUUAGAAGGAGAUUUAACUAUAUAUUAACUAAAUAUUAACCACAGUCAGAAAUGUGGGCUAUCUUCUGUGUGUCCAUCAGUGCAUUAACCCAAGCAUUGUCCGAAGGUCAGUAAAUGCUGCACACUCCACAGAGAGUGUGUAUUCAAGGCAUUAAGGUAAAGGUAUGAAAGAGUUGAACUUCCAAAAUAAAAUUCGUCCACAAGCGACAAUGUUAAAUUAAGUCAUGAAAAUAAUUUUGCACUCAAGAUUAGAAAAUCUUAAGCGCAUGACAAGUUAAACACUUUGAUACUACAAGCAUUUUUUUAUCGCUUUUUUUUUUUUUUUGUAGCUGUUUGUAGCUCUUGUGAUGUUGAUGUGAUGAAGAAUAUAGCUGAGAGGAUGAAGAUACUGUCCUGAGCUUCCUCCCCCAUACUGUCAAUUCUGAGAGGAUAUUGGAUCCUUAUACCCCAGCUAUGACAGAAAUUACUAAUUGAAUAUACUGAAUACUAACAACAAAGUAUAUGUAAAUUCUCUGAUGGAAGGAAUAGAGGCCAAAUAUGCGACAAUUAGUGGGCUUAAAUAAAUUAAAUUAAAUGCUUGGUGAUAUUCUGAGUAGGUGUACAAUCAGUCUCAACUGGUAUACCACCAUGUACAGGUUUAUUCAUUCAUAUUUUACCGACUUUUUGAAUGAAUCCAUGUAAAAUAUAUUUAAACAGGAAGAUCAGUUUUAUUUUGAAGGCCAGGUCUUGCACUUGUACCGUAAUGUCUUGAAAACACACGGGCUCUUGCUUUUGUGGUGGCUAACCGCAGGUCUUAGAUGCAAGCAUUUAAGAGUUUUCCCAAAAUAAUAAUAAUAAAGAUGGACAUCGCCACGGUAAAUGAGCUUCCUUACGAGGAUUUUGUGAAUAUUUUUGGCAAUGUGGUGGAGAAAUGUCCAAUUAUAACAGCUGCGGUGUGGUCUAGGCGUCCCUUUGGUAGCUUAAAUGCUUUGGAGGCUGAAAUCAGUGAGUUCAUCGAUGCCCUCCCAGAAUCAGGUAAAGAGGGGAUCCUCAGGUGUCACCCGGACCUCGCGGGGAGGGACCUCCAGAGCGGCACCUUGACACGGGAGUCGCGCGAGGAGCAGGCGCGAGCCGGAAUGGAUGCCCUCAGCUCGGAGGAAGCCUCGCGCAUGGCUCGGCUCAAUGAGGAAUACAAGGAGCGCUUCGGAUUCCCGUUUGUCAUCUGCGCCCGGAUGAACGACAAAGCGAACAUCUUACGGCAGCUCACCGAGCGAUGCAGGAGCGAGCGCCAGGUGGAGAGGGCGCGAGGAGUGGAGGAGGUGAAGAAGAUAUGCCGCGUGCGUCUCCAAGCUCUGGUGCUCAGCGACGCUCCCAACAAGUUAUGAUAUGAUGUUGGAUGUACAGACCAUUACCAUUGUUGUCGGGCUGAAAUGCAUAUAUUCUUUAUUCCAAUUUUAUUAUGAGAGUUACUCAUCUAUUAAACUUUAUAAUGAAUUCUUCAAACACUAAAA